AUGGGUACCCAAACAAAUUUUGCAGAAUUAGCCAAACCAUUUUAUAUUUAUCCUAGUCGUGUGUGUGAUAUUACUGAGAAACUAUUAAAUGAUACUGCAGAAAAAUCAUAUUUUCCUACAUCUGUCACUGCCAUUCAUGCACUUGUGUAUACAUUUGUACACACUUUAGUAAUUAUUUCACCAAUAGUAUCUGAAAAGACAGAAGAAGCUUCUAGGCUAAUAAAAAUGAUAAAUGGUUUUUUAGUCCGUUUAGCUGCUGGAACAUUGGUAGCUAUUGAUCCUGAUGAAGCAACUGUUGGUUAUUCACACAUACAAAUACAGAAUUAUAAUAGUUUGGCUCAAUGUAUAUUCCUUGAAGGUUUGGUAAAAUGUCUUCUAGUGAAAGAUGUUCAAUUAAGAAGAUUUGUCAUGGAAAAUCUUUUAAUGAAACAUUGGAUAUUGCCUGAUCAAACAAUGACAUCUCUAUAUGAACAUGUUGUGCAAUUAUUUUCACAAGCUGCUUUUGAGAUGCUUUCUGAUCCUAAAUCCUCUAUUAUUGAUCAAAACAAUCCUUUUUCAUCAUUACCAUACCUUAUACUCAACAUUUUAUAUAAUAAAUUACCACCUAAAGAUCUUCGUAGAAUGUCACCACAGGUUAUACGAAGCCUUAUCAGUGUAUUAGUGUCUAUAUUUACUUUAUCAUGGCCUGAACUUGCACCACAACGCAGUAGUUCACUUUCUACACCCAAUGCCACCGAUAAUCAUUCUUCAUCUUCUUCAUUCACACAAAGAGUACCUAAGCAAACAGACAUUGAAAUUCUAUCAUUGGCAAAAAAAUAUGUUGAGGAUUUAUGGAAUGAAGGAUGGAAAAUGGAAGUCAUAGAGCUUGUCAAAGAAACAUUUCAACAAGAUAGCCUUGAAAGAAUUAUUGCAGUGCUAGAUCAAUUGGUGUUUGGCAUAAAUGAUACUAUGGGAAAUGAUAUUAAAAUUAUAUCAACACAACCUGAAACAUCACCAAAUUUAAAAAAAUUAUUAUUGUCACUAUGUACAAAACAUCGGCAACAUUUUUAUAAACCUAUACUUGCAUGUGUUGCAUCAGAUUCCGAAUCAAAGAUUGCUAGUCAUCUUCAUCUUAUUGCAACUUUACAAAAAUAUUUAAGUCCUGUAGAACUUUUUAUGCAAGAUGUUGAAUUCAUGAGUGUUAUUAUUUUAAGUGAUGUUGGUCCGGGUAUAACAAAGACUGCUGGAAAUAGUCAUGAUCUAACUUCAACUGCGCCAAAUUCAACAUCUAAAUGUGUAUGGGGUUCCACUACAUUAGGUCAAUGCGUUAUUGUAAUGGAAUUUGUGUGGAUAAUUAGAGAAUUAAGGUUGAAUAAUUCUGGUGUAAGAUGGUUAUCUCGUAUAAUUGAUUGGAUGAGUUAUUCAGCUCCUGGUGCUGCCAUAUAUCGGGAUUCAAUAAUCCAGCUCAAUAAAUUAAACAAUCCUUUUAAAUUAUUUUCUGAACCAGAAGUUGAUAAUAACCAACUUAAUGAAGUUGAAUGGAUUUUUCAGCGAAUAAGGGUUGUUUAUGCAAAUCUAGAAGAUUAUAAUUCAAAUGAUUCAAAUCAAGGUGAUCAAAUGGACGUUCCUGUUCCAUUUAUACCAAUUCCUUUGUCAACUACAACACCACAUACACCAACUACUCCCAAAACUCCAUUAACGCAAUAUAGUGAACUGAAAAGACAUUCUACAAUUAUUGUUUCAAAUACUACAAUAAAUCAUCCACUCCGUUCAUCAUCAAAAUUACCGACACAUCGUCUUCAUCGAUUUAACAACUUCAAUGAAGAUCCUGCUGGUUCAGUACUUUCUUUACUUGUUGCAGUAUUCUCCACUUUGACAUCUGAAGAGUAUGUAAAAAUAGCACCACGUUUAUGGGACAGGUUUUUGAAUGAUCGUGAACAUCAACCUUUUGCCUCGGCCUCAUUUCUUUUUAUACAGUGUGGUGAAAAAGCUUAUAAAAUAGUAAAAAAUUUAAUCAUGAAGGAUCUUUACAGUACAAAUGCAUUGACCCGUGCCAUAACUAUUCGUAAAAUUUCUUCAUUGUUUGGUCACAGAAGUCAACUUUUAAGCCAACCUUAUGUGUCUGAUUCUAACAGGCGACGUCCUUUCCGAUCACAAGCUCCAGCAAUUCCUUUUGUUCCAACUGAACUUGGUACUUCAGAAAUGAUGAUGUAUGAAUAUUACAGAGGCUUGUCCAAUAAAAAUGAUAAUAAAUUGUCCACAGAUGUUAAAAAAAGAAUUCAAGAACUAGGUUGGGAAGAGGAAGAAGGAGAAGGUUUGGAAAAUUUAAAACGUAUUACAACGCCAAUAUCAUUAAUACCAACCUUUUAUCUUGAUGAAGAAGAAAUGAAAAAUAAAGAAGAAUCAAAUAUAUUACAUUCUCAUGAAAAAAUCAAAAGAAAUAUUCGUGGCAAUCACCCCAACAACAAUAUGCAAUCAAAUGCAAAUAAACGUAGAACAGCAUCAAUUCUAAUAUUAAGUUCCUUUUCAUUGCGACUUGUAGAUUUAUUGGAUGAUCUUCAUGGAGGAGUAUUUAACCUUACUAAAGAAAUUAUAAUUUAUUUUCUCAGAGAUGAUCCUCUUUUAUUUCUUCGAAUAUUUUUUAGUGAACUGGGCACAAUCAACUUUGAAGCACAAAAAGAACUUCUCACAAAAAUCCAUUUUCUUAUUUCAAUGCAACAUGUUUUUCCUUCAGGCUUUUCACAUACCCUUUUCAAUCAUCUUGCUGGAAUUUUGAAGUGGUAUUCACGUGAUAACAAGAGUAAUGGUUUAGGACUUAUGACAUAUGUUAUUCCUAUUUUAGCAGAAAUUGUACCUACAGUCAAUGAUUUACUUGUUCGCGAUUUUCGGAAAAACAAAAUAGAAAAUAUUCUUUGUAACAAUGGUCAAUUUUGGUUCACAGAUGGUUCACCUUUGGAUAUGUUUCCACGAAAUUUGACAAAUGAUCAGGUUACAUUUCAAAUACUUGAUGUGCCACUUGUAAUGUUUCAAGUAGCUAUUCUUCGUAUUGGUCAUAUACAUUUCAUGACCAAUUUUGUUAUUAAAUGUCCACAUGAAGUUUACUCAGUCAAAAAGAUGAUACAAGCAUAUAUACCAAUGCCAUCUACAAAUGCAUCUGAAGAUUCAAUAUGUGGGUUGAAUGAAGAUGAAUAUUAUUUACCAGAUAUAAAAAAAUCUAAAGGUCAUACAAGUGAAUUUUCUAAUCCAUCUACAAGAAGAAAAAAGGAUGUGAAACUUUUAUCAGCUCUAAGGGCUCGUACAUGGUUAAAAUUUUUAUUGGUUAUGCUUGAGCGGUUAAAUAGAAACUACAAUGAUAGAAAUGAACUCAAUAUAUUUUUGAAUGGUGCAAAUAGAAUUCUUUUAGAAAAUGCUGAUGAUUUUGGUAUUGUUGGCCAAACAUUGAUUUUAUAUACAACCACAGUCACAAGAUUUCAUAGAUUAUUUGAUGCAAAUCGUGGUUAUUCUAUAUUUAUUCCAGCUUUAUUUAAAGUUUUUUGCGAGUCCGAAAAAAUUCCACCAAUUCGAUCAGCAAUUAUUUUUGCAUGGUGUAAAUUCUUUCGUAUUCACGGCGAAUCUUUUAUUUUUCAGGCUCUUGGUUGUCUUACACCUUUGAUUCUUAAGGGGUCAAUUAAAUCAACAAAACUAUGUGAAUGGAUGAGCUUGUCAUUAUAUGAAUUAUUUAAAGCAUUAAAUUUUCCUGUAAAUCAGGGUGAUUCAUUAGGGAUACAUGAUAUAGUUGAUGAAUUAGAAACUGUGGAUACAUUAUUCUCUGACCCACUUCCAUUAUUUAGUGGCACAUUUAAAAAAAGGGCUAAUAGUAUGGCAUCUAAAGCAAAAUCUGGUUUAUUAGGAACACAGGAAGAAAAAAUAUUUUCUUUAGAAGAUUUGGUGAGAUUAUUCAUGACAAUUAUUGCUUAUGAUCCUGGUUCACUUCGUGCAGAACAAUUUGUACAAAUUUUACAAUAUUUAGUACCUCAUUUGUUGCAAGAAUCUUCUUCAAUAAGAACAUUGGUGGAUGACGGAAUGGCAGCUUUAACUGAAGUAUUCCUCAAGUUUUCUAAAUCAUCAAAGCCUAUAAUAAAUUCAAUGGGAAACAUUAAUAACACCAAUAUUUAUAAUUCUGAAAAUGGAAACAAAAAUGAAUCAAUGGAUAAUCUUAAUAUAGAUAAUAAUGAUUUACAUAUUUCAGAGGCAACAGCUCAGGCUUUUGGAAAACAAUGGCAACAAAAUGAUCGUAUGACAAUAAAGAGAAAUUUUUUGGUUCUUGUUCAGAAAUAUAAGAAAUAUGGAGGGAUUUUAUCAGAGAAUUCACAUAGCAAGUUGGCAAAUAUGAUUUGUUUAAUGAUAAAAGAUUAUGCAGCAGCAAAGAAAAAAAUUUCGACAAAUUUUCUUAAAGAUUAUAUUAAGGAUGCUUUACUUUUCAAUACAACUUUUGAAGAUGGAAGAAAACGUAUCACAUCACUUAUACGACAAGUUGCACCGUCAUUUAGGCAACAUUACAAAUCAAUCGAUUUUUCUGGAUUUAUUGAUGGACUUGUUCUUAUUGUAACUGAUAAAUUAAAAUUCACAAUGAAUGAUCAUACAAUGGCUUCUUUCAUCAAAGAAAAAUAUAUUUCAUUUGGAUUGAGUGUUGCGUUAAGACCUGAUAGAGAAGAUGGAGAGCCUAUGCAACUUCAUUUAUGUCAAAGUUUGGUUGACUUGUUUGUUUCAAUGAUGGUAUAUUCAGAUCAAGAUAUACUUUCUGAAUUAGAUAGAUAUUUGCCAACACAUCAACUUAUAGCAUAUGUUUUAAUUCCAAUAUGUUUACAAUAUAAACCAGAAGAUUCUGUGUUUAUGCCAUUACCUUCAAAAAACGACUCACAUAAAUCAAAAGCAGCAGAUUGUUGGAUUAGAAUUUUAUAUUUUAUUACAAAAGCAUGUAAUAAAGGGAUAGUUUUAAGAUCAAAAACUACAUCAUUUGGUUUUCGUAGCACAUCAAACAUAUCAAAUCCGAUUACUGAUAACAAAGAUGAAAAUGAAGAAAAUAAUUCGGGAAAAGUUGUAUCAAUAACAGCUGAAUCAACGGCUACAUUUAUAUUAAGUUUUAUUGCACUCAAAAUUUUGCUCGUACGUGCUGAAAAAUACAUUACACAUACAAAAGGUAUGUGGGUUCAUAUUGCACAAUUUAUUAGACAAAUGUUGAAUUUUGCAGGGACAGCAUCUUUGUCACAAAAAUCAAAAACAGCAAUGAUUUCAUCAGGAUCUACUCCGGCAACAAGUAUGCCCAAUUUACAUGCAAACAACGAUAUUAGUGAAACAACUAAUGAUAGAAAUUCUUUUAAUCCAAAUUCACGAUCAAUUUUUUUAUCUUCAACUCAAGAUUUUGUUUUGUGGGCAUUUUUGGAAUUGAUAUUGUAUUACAAGCUUCCCAUUAAUCUAUACAUGAGAACAUUUAUUCAUCAAAAACUUCAACAAGCAGUUCUUUUUACUAAUGGCAUGCACCAUAAAGGCUCAUCAAAUGAUAACUCAAAUAGACAAUCAUCGCCAAUUAUGGCAUCGGAUUCAAGAAGAUCACGUUGGAAAAGUUGGGGAGGACCACCAGCAGGAAAUCAACAAAUAUUAAGAGAUAUUAGUGGUACCUCAUAUGAAGCCAAAAAAUAUUCAAGUGUUAGGUCUCGAAAUGAAAACGAAAGUAAUGUAAAUAAUAUAAAUUGCAAUCAAAAUGGCUCUUUUACAUCACCAUCUGGAAUGAUUAAUAAUAAUAUGAUUAAUAACCUAAUCAAUGAAACCUUUAAUUCAUACUCUAAUGUUCAUACUUUAAUGGGAUAUGGUGGUUAUGUCACCAAUGUGGAUGAUUCAGCACAAGAAUUGAGAUCGUGGAGUUAUUCACAAGUUUUGGAUAAGUUGAGAGAAGAAAAAAAAUUAGUCAUGGACACAUAUAAAAAUAUAUUUAACAGUACAUCAUUAAAUGAAGGUGCUGGUAAUCAUAUAAACAUUGAUGUUAAUAAUACUGGUGAUCUAUGA